GUGGGAUUCCAGAACAAUAAGGUAAAGGUAUGUUAGGUGGUUAGGUUAAUGGAAAUAGAAUCCGCGAGUGGUGUAUCUCGUAGUAGUCCACCGUCCAUAAUGAACUGCACCAACGCGCCCGCCUCCGUCCCCAGCGACGCCGGCAUCGCAGGUAUCGGCGUGCUCCUCUCCUUCAUAGUCACGGCCGCGAUAUCCAUCCUCAUCAGCGCCUCCCUCGUCUUCCAAGAAAUGCGCAACAACGCCCAGAAGAAACCCUCCAUCCUCCGCCGCAAGCUGCUCAACUCGUACUCGGACCAGCAGAUCCUCACCGGCAUCGGCAUCCAAUCCGUCGGCCUCGCCAAGCGAACGUCCCUGGUCCCGUACCACUUCUUCCUCGUGUGGAUGCUCUCGCUGCUCUCGAUGGCCGUGCACAACGCCACCCUGCUCGCUCUCGCGCGCGACUUCCGCCGCGACUGGGUCCUCCGCUGGAUGCGCGAGCUGCUCAUGCUCGUCAACCUGGUGCUGUCGUGCACGUACGGGGUGUUCAUCCUGCGCUGCGUCCAGCGCGGCAUCGGCGACGGCACGCUCCCCGUGGCGUGCGCGUGGCGGCCGGAAACACCGGACGGGCCCGCGGCGGGCAGCAACGCGGCGGUCUCGUACGCGGGCACCGGGGCCGUGGUCGCGGGGAACGUGGCCGUCUUCGCGCUGGCGAUAUGGUACCUCCACGCGCGCGCGCGGCGCUUCUACGCGGCCGUGCAGGCUGUCGGGCUGGUGCUUAUGACGGCGUUUGCGGUCGGGGCGACGGUGCGCGUGGCGUACCUCGCCGACGCGUUCGCGCACUCGACGCCUAUCCGGCUGAGCGACGGCGGCGAGCGAGAUUGGAGCUUUGGACAACUGCUUUCCGUAGGCAUGCUGCUCUUGCCGCUGGCGACUGUCGUCGAGAUUCUAAGAGGCGAGAUUAAGUGCGCGCCGCCGGAGAGCGAUGGGGAUGGUGAUGAAGGGAAGGGUCGGUUGUUGGAUGAGGAGGGACAGGGGCAAAAGCAAAAGGAGACGCGGGAGUUGAGGUCGGAUAAUCUGCAGACCCAGGAAUGUCCAGAAUUCCAGCCGAGUCCGUUUUCAGGGUCGGUGUCGAGCCUUUUGCGUAAGAAGUAGGAGGGAGGAGAGGAGAGUAUGAGAAUGCUGGCAUAUGAUUUUGAUGCUUGAUGAGCAAGAUGAGAGAUACCCCUUACGCACGCGCGAAUGAAUAGAUAAUAUUAUAUUUCCCCCUUUAUAUUUAUUGCCCCUUAUGGGCCGUCUUGGAUGAUGAGCCUGCGACUUAUAUCUAAUGGU